AUGGCCUCAUAUUUAGACGUUGUAUUGGUUUGGUUAUUACAAGAUGCUAUGGAAUAUUCAAUUGAUGCAGAACUUAUAGCUCUUUUGAAAGUUAAAUUCAAAUGUUCCUGUCAUAAUUUCAUCCUUAGUAAGAAUAUUUCAAGUCUAAUCAGAAAUGAUGUACUUACAUUUAGAGAUUUAAAAUUUGCACUGGAAUUUGCUUUGUGUUAG